AUGUGGACUGCGGAAUGGUGGGAGAAGAUUCAAGAGUGUAUCCCUGCGGGUAGAGUUGUAGCACUGGUUAUACUUGCAUCCGAUAAGACUCAGCUGUCCGUCUUCAGUGGUGAUAAGAAUGCCUGGCCUGUGUACCUCAGUAUCGGCAAUAUAUCAAAGAAGCUUCGACGCUCACCUUCGUCCCACGCAAUGAUUCUAAUUGGCUACCUUCCUGUGUCAAAGCUCGAAUGCUUCUCGAAGAACAACUGUUCUAUAUCCGGAUACCAGCUCUUCCACGACGCCAUGCGUUCUCUUUUGCAGCCGCUCAUUGAGGUCGGUCUGAACAGAGUCAAGAUGACUUGUGCAGAUGGCCUCGUUCAGCACAUUCAUCCCAUUCUUGCUGCAUACAUUGCAGAUCAUCCCAAGCAGUGCCUUGUAACCUGUGUGAAGGAGAACUUCUGUCCGAAGUGCCACAUCGGCCCUGGGGAGCAUGGG